AUGAGAGUCGAAAUUAUUUUAUUCGUUUUACUUUUCAUCGAUCAAAGUUUCGCAUCCGAAUGGACUUGUACAACACAUCAAAACUCUCUCAGUCGAAUUCUUCUACCGAAUGAUCGAAUUCCCGAACAGUGUACAAUUACAGUUGAAUAUCAAAACCAUCAACAAGAAAAACAAGUUUGUAUUGCACACACAUUGAUAAUCACAAGUUUGCCACCGCCAUCCUUAUCAUCAAACUAUACAAUGCAAACAUUCAAACUCAAUUCAUGUCAAUUGUCUACCCUUGCUCAAUUACCAUUCUCAUUACCGUCAUCAGUUGAAAGACUUGAUCUAAGUUCUAAUUCUUUAUCGACAUUUCUUCUAGCAUUUCCAUUACCGUCAAAUCUGAAAUAUCUUGAUCUUGAUAAUAAUCCAAAUUUGAUUGAGAUUAAUUUCGGUAAUCAUCGUGUUCAACAACAUCUUAUCGGUCUUAGUCUACGACACAAUAAACGAAUUCAACUUUCGUCUUUACCGCCUCAUUUAACUUAUCUUGAUCUAACCGAUUGUGACAUCUUACAAUCGUCGAUUUUACCAUUACUGAUCUCAUUGACUAAAUUGACUCAUUUAUCAUUAGCAAACAAUCAUCUUGAAAGUUUACCUUUAAUUAUUAAUGAAAAUAUUCAACUUGAGUAUCUCAAUGUAUCCAACAAUCGCUUGACGUUUAUCGAAGACCGAUGGUUGCAUCAACAAUUGCGCGUGCUCGAUCUCAGGUCUAAUCGGAUUCAAUCACUUGAAUUUCUUCAAAAUAAAUUCAAAAUCACGUCAACGCUCAAUCAAACGUCAAUAUACACUGAUGAAAAUCAAGAAAACGUACAUGCUGACUUCUUUCCAUCUAAGUGCUAUCAAAUGAUGUAA